AUGGCCUCUUUUCUGGAUGCUUCGGAAAUUAUAGACCCUAAUAUAACUGUUCAAUCCAAUCGAGUAGAAAGUAAAAACAGUAAAGAAUUACAAUUGAGAAAAUUCACGAUACAAAAUUUCCUGUCCGACUUUAGCAGUAGGCAUCGAUUAUCACAUGCAUCGUCGAAUGAAAACCCUUGCCAUGAUCAUUCGUUAGAAUCAUUUCCAAAGUGGUACUUAGUUGAUCCUGAUGAUACUGAUGACGCUAUUCAAGAUGUGGAGGAAGAUAAAACUAUUUCUAUUUUGAUGAUUCCAUUUAAUAGAGUACGGUUACAGGUUUUGAUCUAUACUACCAAAAUAUAA